UAAUUACAGACGCACAAUUACUUGUAUUGCUCACAUACAUACAUAUACCAAGUGUCAAUAAACACAGAAUUUUCCAAAAAAAAAAGCAACAGCAUCUCAACUUGUCAUACACACAUACCGGCCCCGCGCCUGAUUAAGUAGAAUUUUCGUCAUACAUUGAUUUGUUAUAAUUGUAAAUUCAAUUUUAACUUUGCUGCUUUUAAAGACUAAAACUAUUUGAUUUCCAUUGAUAAAUAAAGAUAGAGUAAAAUAUUAAAUUAUUAGAAGGACACAGUCAAGAGACUUAUUGUUGGUUCUUUUUAUUCUUAUCAAGAAAUAAAAAAUUAACUACAAUAUGGAGAUCAAUGAAGAAAAUUUUAAAUUGUUGGCACAAUAUUUGCAACAAACACUCAAUCCCGAUCCAAAUGUUCGCCGACCAGCGGAAAAAUUUCUAGAAAGUGUCGAAGCAAAUCAAAAUUUUGCCAUUUUGUUGCUAAAUUUGGUAGGCAAAGAGGAUGUUGAUAUGACGAUACGUGUAGCUGGAUCAAUUGCAUUUAAAAACUUUGUCAAACGCAAUUGGAAUGCACAUGCGGAUAAUGAUGGACCAAAUCGAAUUCACGAAAUAGAUCGUGCGGCAAUCAAAACACAUAUUGUGACGCUCAUGUUAAAAUCAUCGCCGGCAAUACAAAAACAAUUGAGUGAUGCAGUUAGUAUCAUUGGGAAAUAUGAUUUUCCAGAAAAAUGGCCUCAACUUAUCGACGAAAUGGUUGAAAAAUUUAACAGUGGCGAUUUUCACAUUAUCAAUGGUGUACUACAAACGGCUCAUUCCAUCUUUAAGCGGUAUCGCUACGAAUUCAAGUCACAAAAACUAUGGGAAGAAAUAAAAUUUGUGCUGGAUAAAUUUGCAAAACCAUUAACGGAAUUAUUGAUUGCCACUAUAAAUUUGGCCAAAACACAUGAGAACAAUGAAUCAGCAUUGCGUGUAUUGUACGGUUCAAUUGUUCUGGUCACAAAAGUAUUUUAUUCAUUGAAUGCCCAAGACUUGCCCGAAUUCUUUGAAGACAACAUGGAAACUUGGAUGAAAGCAUUUCACGAAUUACUCAUAACUGACAUACCUUGUUUACAUACUGGCGAAGAUGAAGAGGCUGGUGUAUUGGAGCAGUUGAGAUCACAGAUAUGCUUCAACAUUGGGCUCUAUGCACAAAAAUAUGACGAAGAAUUUGGAACAUAUAUGCAACAAUUCGUAACAGACGUAUGGGAACUAUUGGUUAAAACGGGCAUCCAAACAAAAUACGAUGCGUUAGUUUCGAAUGCACUACAGUUUUUGUCAACAGUAGCAACACGAAACCAUUAUAAAUCACUGUUCGAAAAUCCCAAAGUACUGGCUAGUAUUUGUGAAAAAGUUAUCAUUCCAAACAUGGAUUUCAGAGCAUCCGAUGAGGAAUUAUUCGAAGACAAUCCGGAGGAAUAUAUUCGUCGUGAUAUUGAAGGUUCGGACAUAGAUACACGCCGUCGAGCCGCAUGUGAUUUAGUGAAAACGUUGUCACAAAACUUUGAAGAGAAAAUUUUUGAGAUUUUCGGGCAGUACUUACAAGUGCUGCUGGUAAAAUAUUCUGAAAAUCCAGCACAAAAUUGGCGAGCUAAAGAUACGGCUAUAUUUUUGGUAACAUCGUUGGCAUCGCGUGGCAGUACACAAAAGCAUGGUGUGACACAAGCAUCACAGUUGGUUCCACUGCCACAAUUUUGUGAACAACAAAUCAUACCUGAAUUGGAUCGACCAAAUGUCAAUGAAUUACCCGUACUAAAGGCCGACGCAAUAAAAUUCGUCAUGACAUUCCGAACAUUGUUGGGUGCACCAACGAUGGUUGCAUGUAUGCCACAUUUGGUACGGCAUUUAGCAUCAGAAAGUCAAGUGGUGUUCAGUUAUGCGGCAUGUACAAUUGAGAAAGUGCUUACGAUGCGGAAUUCCGAAAAUCUAUUACAGGUUACUGUAGCACAAUUACAACCGAUUGCCGGUGAUUUGUUGAAUGGUUUAUUUGCGGUACUAGGCAGCGGUGUACAAGCUGUUGAAAAUGAAUAUGUGAUGAAAGCAAUAAUGCGUAGCUUAGCUACGUUACAACAAGCUAGUAUGCCAUUUAUGAGCGCCAUUUUACCGCGACUCAUUCAAAUUUUGGAAACGGUUUCGAAAAACCCAUCACGACCACAUUUUAAUCAUUAUCUUUUCGAAACGUUAGCAUUGGCCAUUAAAAUUGCUUGUACUGCUGAACCAGCGGCAGUUCUUCAAUUCGAAGAAGCCCUGUUCCCAAUUUUCCAAAAUAUUUUGCAACAGGAUAUUUUGGAAUUUAUGCCAUAUGUUUUUCAAAUGUUGGCUUUGCUUUUGGAAGUACGUGAAACAACCAGCUCUAUACCUGAAUCUUAUUGGGCAUUGUUUCCAUGUUUAUUAUCGCCAACACUCUGGGAUCGGCCUGGUAAUGUAACACCAUUGAUCAAAUUAAUUUGCGCUUUCAUUCGACAAGGAUCACCACAAGUUGCCGCAUUGCAAAAAUUGAAUGCAAUAUUGGGUGUAUUCCAGAAAAUGAUCGCUUCAAAGGCUAAUGAUCAUGAGGGGUUCUUCUUGAUACAAAAUCUACUACAAUUUUAUCCAAUCAAUGAAUUGCAAGAGAAUAUUCGUCAGAUAUUUGGUUUGCUUUUCCAACGUUUAACACUUUCAAAGACGGCGAAAUAUGUAAAAGGAUUUAUUGGUUUCUUGUGCUUUUAUGCCGCUAAAUUUGGUGCCACCCAAUUGGUUGAAAUAAUUGAUAAGAUUCAGGCACAAAUGUUUGGGAUGGUAAUUGAGCGUGUAUUGAUCACGGAUUUGACCCGAGUUGCUGGCGACCUGGAUAAGAAAAUUGCUGCAAUUGGUGUAACGAAAAUACUAUGCGAAUGUCCAGCAUUGUUAGUACCACCGUAUCGUAAUUAUUGGUCGCAAUUGUUGCAAGCAUUGAUCACAUCGUACGAAAUGCCACCGGAUCAGACGGCACUGGAAGGUGAUGAUUUUGUAGAAAUUGAAAGUGUUGGAUAUCAAGCGGCCUAUUCACAGCUUAGCUAUGCCAAAUUAAAAGUUAUCGAUCCAAUACCAGAAGUUCAAGAUAAUCGCAAAUUUUUGGCCGAUAAUCUAGCCAAAUUAUCGACAUCACGACCUGGUGAUAUUCCAACAUUGAUUUCCGCAUUGCCCGCCGAUCAUCAACAAGCCCUGCAGAAAUACUGCGCUCAAAAUGGCGUACAAAUUGUUUAAUAAGUUGUUCAUUAAUUUGCAUUCAUUUUAAAAAGAACAAAAGAUUAACACUCAUUGUAAUUCAGAUUUUUUUUGUUCUGUUUUUAAAAGUUCCAUUUUAUUUUUGUGAACGAAGUGAAAUGAGUUUCAAUGUAAGAACAGUUGUUUCUUUUUCUCAUCAAAUGACCAAUAAAAAAUUUGAAAUGUUA